CUCUCCUAUAUGGCAUGUAGAUUUGUAGGGUGGCAUUGCUAAACAUGGUCCUGUAAGCCAUCAGGCCUUUUCUUUACAGGGAAAAUGACGAAUAUCCUAGGCUGAGGAGCUGACAUUUGUAGGAAUACGCUAUCGGAUCAGGAUUGUCUACACCAAAGCCUGCUGUUUGUGGGAUCGCAAGCUGUCCACUAUGGGCAAAUGUACUGGGAGAUGUACCUUGGUUGGAAUCUGCUGCCUGCAGCUGGCAGCAGCUCUACAGAGGCAAAUAUUUGACUUCCUCGGCUACCAGUGGGCUCCAAUAUUAGCCAAUUUCCUGCACAUUAUGGCUGUCAUCCUGGGGAUAUUCGGCACUUUACAUUACAGAUCUAGAUACUUGAUCUUGUAUUCUGUAUGGCUGGCAUUAUGGGUGGCAUGGAAUGCCUUUAUAAUCUGUUUCUACUUGGAAGUGGGGCAUUUAUCACAGCACAGGGACCUGAUAAUGAAUUUUAACACCUCCCUGCAUCGGUCAUGGUGGAUGGAGAAUGGACCAGGCUGCCUUGUGACACCUGUUCGUACACCACCUCUGUCACUGGCAGAUCAUCACAUGGUCACAGUGACUGGCUGUCUUCUCGACUAUCCCUACAUUGAAGCGCUGAGCAGUGCACUACAGAUCUUCCUGGCGCUCUUUGGCUUUGUGUAUGCCUGUUAUGUCAGCAAAGUUUUCAUGGAUGAAGAAGACAGCUUUGAUUUCAUUGGCUCCUAUGAUUCCUACGGAUAUCAGGCUCCCAUGAAGACAUCACACCUCCAGUUGCAGCCACUCUACAAGCCUGGCUAGAGCUACUCCAUGAGUCUUCAUUCACUACACAUUUUACCCAGUCGAUGCCCUUCCUGUAUCUCUUCACAUCUCAUUUAGGUUCCCCACUUAUAUUCCUGAUCAGUGGUCGAAAUGCCUUAAAACACCUUAACACAGCAGUAGCAAUGUUCAGAUGUAUCUGGACUGGUUGCACGCAUUUAGCAUUGCAACUAUGUUUUUAAAUAUGGCUUGCAAUGACUGGCAGUACAGUGGUAUACGUUGGCUGGUUUAAUCAUAACUAGCUAUGUGUCAAACACUGAUCACUGGAAAGUAGAGGUAGUAAUGGCAGCCGAAGAGGUUAGGUAGAUAAUACAAAAUUAUUUGUUAGAAAAAAAAAAUCCAUGUCAAUUAGACCACUCUUAGACUUAGUAUGAAGAGGAGAUUUGAAGUUUUUGUUUAAGUCUUUUUGUUUUCAAUUCAGGAGGAACAGUAGACCUUGCCAAACAAUAUAGUGUUGAGGGAUUGUCAUAUUUUAGAUAUCCAGUUAUCACCCAUCAGUACGUUAAAUUCGUCAAACAAUACCAAGUGUCAGAAAAUGUGUAGCACUUCCUAGAACAGGACUAUAGGUUGACACAUAUGUAGGCAUAGCACUUUUCCGAGAAGCGAGUGAAAAUCUACAACUCUGGAACAUUGCUGAAGACCCAAUAAUGAAUGAAAAUAGCUAUUUGGGUUUUUGACUGUGUACCUUCACAAACUAGCUUAGCAUCUACUGUUCUUUAUUGUAUAUGUACCAUUACAUCGGUGCACCAAGGUCAGUUGUAGAACUGCAAGAGUUAUAUAUAGUAUAUAUGCACUUUUCUAGCCAUACUUUUUCAACUUUGCAAAUAGCCUUCAUUUUAAAAAGAAAUCCUUCAGUUUUGUGUAUUCAGUUACUAUUCAGUUAAUAUUUGUCUCUUCUUCUACUGUUUGUGGGUUAGAAAAAAAUAGAGAGCAGAUGGAGAAGAGUAGCAUACAACUACAAGGGCAAAUAGCAAUCAGGAUUAAUUUGUAGUCUGUAACCAUGGAAACAAAUACAUCUGGAUAAUGGCUGUAUACACAAAAUAAUAGAAUUUUGUUUUUAAUUGAGAGUAUUUACAAAGUUGCUAAAAAUAAAAUGGAUACAAAAGGGCAUUUUAAGUAUUACAAAAAUGUGUAGGUUAUCACAAAAUAUGGGGUUGCACUGUCAAUGUCUAUUUAAGAUUGUAAUACAGUAGCUAAAAAACUUCAAAGGAAGACAUAGUUGGAACAAUGGUCAGAUAAGAAAACUGUACAUAUGUUUUGGAGUUGGUCUAUCUACAAUUUUCUAAAUACUCUGCAAUGUUCGCAGUUAGUAGAGAAUGCAAUAGGUGCUGCAUUAUAGAUUGGAAGAGGUGGAACACAACUCCAAGACCUGCUUCUACAAGGUUCUAGUAAAUAGGUGCUGACUCAUUGUUCUACUACACAUUUAUUUAUAUAGGAACAGAACAACUAAUCCUUGGUCAAAUAAAUAGCAUCAUUUUAUGACGUUAUUACAAUGGCAAGGAAAUAUCUUGGCCAGCUCCGCUGAAGAUCUACAACCUUGAAUGGAAACUGAAUAGGAGGAUGCACUUAACUAAACUCAAAAGUAUUUUUAAAAGCUCACUCUUACUAGGAAGCAAGACCUCUGGUAAAGGAAAUGAUAAAAAUCAUCCCUUGUUUUACAAGGAGUUCUAGAUGGGUAAAUUCUACAAACUCAGGUGAUAGCGAGGCAACAGACAACGAAACUACACUUGGCAAUACCCUUGGAGGGCACUUUGUCCGGCACUGGGAGGAAAUUAGUGGGAAUACUUUAUGUACUUCCUGUCUUUUUAUUUGUUUGAUAUAUAUGAUGUGCAAACCUACUACUGUACAGUUUGAAUCAAAAUGUCAUUUUUAGCCUUAAUGGUACUUUAUGGUCCAUCGCCACAGCUGGAACAUUUCAGGAAAGUAACAAUUUUAAUGUUAACGACAAGCAGUUUGUAUAGAUAUCUUCAAGACAGCAAUAUCGCAUAUUCCAUUUACAAAUUCAAUUAGUUCAUUUCUACCCAUGUAUUAUUAUUUUGUUAGACAUGAAUUUUCUACCACUGUAUGAAGAGAACUUUAGCAUGGUGUCUCUGUGGCCAUGAUGUCAUAAUGUAAUAGUGUGUGCACUGUCGAUAACACAGGGGUAGAAUUGAGAGAUGGCAAGAAGGCAUCAAUAAUCAAUUAUGCUGGUCUGUAAUGUUAAAAUGGGCGAAUAGCAGAGCACAAUAAUUGAGCUUCCUUAAAAGGGGUUGUCUCACUUCAACAAAUGGCAUUGAUCAUUUAGA